CGCCCCCCUGUGCUAUCAGCACACUGGAGUAGCAGCAAGCCAGAGCGUGGCCAUGCCUGCGUACGCCACCAACAUGAGGCUCAAGUUCCCCAUCCUGGCCCUCAGCCUCGAGAUCCUCACCAUCAUCCUCUUCGCCUUCUUCGUGGUGUACGAUGACGGCAAGCCUUCCAGCCAUGGCGCCCAUGACGGCCACGCACCCAGCAACAAGACAGAGGACAAAAACCUGCGCCUUUACCCAGUGUUCCAGGACGUGCACGUGAUGAUCUUUGUCGGCUUCGGCUUCCUGAUGACGUUUCUGAAGCGCUACAGCUUCAGCAGCGUGGGGCUGAACCUGCUGCUGGCGGCCUUCGGCCUGCAGUGGGGCAUCCUCAUGCAGGGCUUCUGGCACAUGAGCGACGGCAAGAUCAAGAUGGACAUCCUGAGGAUGAUCAACGCAGACUUCAGCACAGCCACAGUCCUCAUUUCCUUUGGGGCGGUCCUGGGGAAGACCAGCCCUGUGCAGCUCCUCAUCAUGACCGUGCUGGAGAUCACCAUCUUCUCCCUUAAUGAGCACUUGGUAGCCGAAGUGCUGGGGGCGAGUGAUGUGGGGGCGUCGAUGACCAUCCACGCCUAUGGGGCGUACUUUGGGCUGGCCGCGGCUCGCAUGCUGUACCGGCCCGGCCUGAGGAACGGGCACCCCAACGAGGGCUCAGUCUAUCACUCCGACGUGUUCGCCAUGAUCGGAACCGUGUUCCUCUGGAUGUUCUGGCCCAGUUUCAACUCGGGCAUCGCGGGGAGUAAAGAGGACCAGUUCACCGCUGUGGUCAACACCUACCUGUCCCUGGCCGCGUGCGUGAUGACAGCCUACGCCACGUCCAGCCUGGUGGAGCACAAGGGCAAGCUGGACAUGGUGCACAUUCAGAAUGCCACUCUGGCUGGAGGCGUUGCCGUGGGAACCUGUGCAGACAUGAACAUUGGGCCCUUCGGCGCGAUGCUGAUUGGAUCUGUGGCCGGGAUCAUCUCCACGCUGGGGUUCAAGUUCCUGACGCCCAUCCUUGCUGCAAGCCUGGGUAUCCAGGACACGUGCGGAGUCCACAACCUCCAUGGAAUGCCGGGAAUUCUGGGCGGGCUGGCCGGAAUCACGGCCACGGCACUGGGGAAGAAGAAAGAUGGCCUGGCCUCCAUGCAGGCCGCAGCCCUGGCCUCCUCCCUGGGGUUCGCACUUGUCGGGGGGGCCAUCACAGGUCUGAUCAUGAAGCUGCCCGUGUGGGGACAGCCUCCAGACCAGAACUGCUUUGACGACUCGAUUUACUGGGAGGUACCAGAGGAGGAAGAGGAGAACGAGGAGAGUUUGGCUCACGGAGAUCAUCCCAAGAACAAAGUCGAGGCCUAAACCAGGGAAAAGCUGUGAUGCCACCUCCCCCUCUCUCCACAUCCCUCUCAUAUACCCCUAUACCUGGAAAUGUGUGCUAUCAGGACGAUAGCAAUGUAUAAUGGAGAUAAAUUCCUUAGAUAAUAUUUUAUUUUUGUUCUUUUAUGACACUUCUGAAGCAGCAUAUUGUUGGUCUGUCGGGUACUCUCAACAACCAAAGAUGCGAAGGUCAGUAUUUUUCUCCUGGAUUAACUCACUUCAGCCCAAAAACAAAAGCAAAGCCCCUUUUUAUUUUCAGUAUCUUACUGCACACAUCACCGCUGUUCCGUUCCAGUAGUUCAGCGACUCCAAUGAAAUGGCGGGGGACAGGAGCGUUUUCUGGAUUAGUUCCGUUUUAGCGCCAAUGCCUGGCUAGUACCCUCUGCCCCAUCCAAAUUAUAACCAAUGGCAAGCUGUGUUAUGUACAUUCAUUCUGAUAACCAAUGAGAAGCUGUGUUAUGUACAUUCAUUCUGAUAACCAAUGAGAAGCUGUGUUAUGUACAUUCAUUCUGAUAACCAAUGAGAAGCUGUGUUAUGUACCUCCAAUCCGGCCUGGCCGGCCAGGUCUGUGUAGCUUCACAUGCAGGACAGGUCACUCAGGAAACACACACACACUUUUCACAUGACAGAGGCUCAAGCUUCCAGACUUUGAGCUGUGCAACCUUACCUUACCUUACACACAUACACACACACACACACAAAACAAAAAAACAAAAAAUAAAAUAAAAAAACCUUUUUUACUUGCAACCUGCUUGGAGGAUCUAGACAAACAGCUGUAAAUCUGUAAAUCACACGAGCCAACACUCACAGACCCCCUCAGGUAAACAACCUGGCUCACAGACCUGCUCAGGUAAACCUGGCUCACAGACCCCCUCAGGUAAACAACCUGGCUCACAGACCUGCUCAGGUAAACAACCUGGCUCACAGACCUGCUCAGGUAAACAACCUGGCUCACAGACCUGCUCAGGUAAACCUGGCUCACACCCAUGUUCGCUUGUUUUGUUUCCUCUCUCUCGCGCUCCCUCCUUCCUGUGCACAUACUGACGUAAAGUCCGUUUACACUCCUCCCUUACACUCCUCCCUGUGUGUCCAACAACAGCCAGUGAGCGUCUGGGAUAUUGUUUCAGAAAUACCUUUACUGCUGUUUUACUGGCCUGUUUUAGUGUGCAUCACCUGAGCAUUCAUCACCAGUCAGUAAACCCCUGAACUAAAGAAAUAUGAGCCUGAACUAGAGAAAUCCAAAAUAAGAUCAGUGAGAGGGAGGAGUAAAACUGACUAAAGACACUAGUUUUAGUUUCACAAAUUUGUUUUUUAUUAAAAAGUCACCUGCCAGGAGUGCUGCUUACACCACAGGCAGUAAAGUGAAGGCCUCAUUAUAAGCUAGAGAUGAACUCACCACGUUAAAAUAUCUAUUACUAUUACGCUUUUUCCAAAUGUAUCAUGUAUUAAUACUGUCAAUUAUAAAUAUGUUUUUAUAUGGUAUAACCUAUGUGUGUUUUUUUAUAUAUUAUUUGAAAGGGUUGUGAGAAAUGCCUAGUUUAAUAAAAAAUUAAUUUCAAACUGAAACAAAAAAUAAUGCCCCCCAUUAAAGUACAUUCUGUAACACGCAUAAUACAUUUUAAUAUAAGAAGGCACUCCAAACAUAUUUUCCAAUACAUGGUAGUAUUUUGUAAUGAACAUUACAUUUUAGUGGUUACGUUUUUUAUCAAAUUAGCUACAUCCUACUGAGACCAAAGCCUAGUAUAUAUACCAAAUAUUUGUAUAUUUUACAAUAUGUUUCUAUACAUUAUUCAUUUUCCGUUAUAAAUUACAAAAUAGUGUACGUGUAAUAGCUUCGUGCACAUAAAAAUCUGUUAUUUCCGUGUUGUAAUGUCAUUGCUGGAGUUAUUAACAGAACAGACUUCCUUUGUCAUAAAAAGGACAAAUCGAGAAUGCUAAUAUAUUUGGUUUCCAUGAAUGGGGAGAAAUGUUUUUGUUUUUCAAGAUACAAUAUAAAGAUAAAAAAUAUAAAGAUAUCAAGAUUAAAAAAACAGCAUUUGCAUUGAUCGUGUGUGCAAGAUAAGUCUACCAAAUAAAAUGAGUGACCUUCUGAUGCCGUAAAUCUAUGGACUCAAAAAAAUGCUUUUGUGAAGAUCACGUGAUGCUAGCGACUUCCAGCGAUAUCAUAAGUGUGUUUAUUUAAAUCUGCAUAUAAACGAUUUUCUACAUUUUAUUUCUUUCUCAAAAACAUUUUUUAAUGUGCGAGCCCAGUGUUGAGGCAAGUCAUAUUUACACAGUGUUUUCACAGUACUGAACUGAUACACCUCUAGGAGCACAACUUGUUCACGUUAUUCGUGCCAGUUUUUUUUGUGCACAGCGCUCUAGAUCAGUAGCCUACAUUUCUCAACCCUGUAAGGAAGCACAUCCCGUUUUCCGAUUAGAAAAACUAUUCUCUCGAAAUAGGCUUUUGAAUUAUUUGAGCUCUUGGUACCGCUCAUAUGGUACUUCAUGUUUACAAAAUAUCCAACAUAAUUUUGUGAAUAAUAAUGAAUGGAAUUAAUCUGCUUCUGUAAUUAGUUGUUAAAUUAAUGGGACUUUGAGACUAUAUAUUUUUAAUAAUUCUGAAUGAGGAAUAAUACCUGCAUGAAGCAUUAAGCACUUCAAAUGAAUAAACAGCUCACAAACCAUUUUAGGCUGUUUGUCUUGUUUUGAAUUAUUGAAUUUUACUGAACACGGAAAAAUGGAAAAAUAAUGACAAAUCUAGAUGAGUCUUCUGGAAUUAUUACAUUGGUUUUAUUUUUAUUUUUUUAAAUCAAUUGAACUAAACAACUGAGUCCAUAAAAUUGCCUCAUGCGUUUAUAAAAUGGAAGAUCGCCACCUUAUGCGCAUAUCUACGGGGUUGGCCUUAAUAUCGCAGUGCAUUGUGGGCUGCAAGAUGGUGGCACUGUUGUGAUUACGAAUGUGUAGUUUCAAUAUAUUGAACAAGUUAUUGUGGUAGAUAACAAAUAUUGCUAGCAAAAAGAAAGACUACAGUUGCAUAUGAGUGUUAUUUUAAGUGGAGUGUAUCGAGACAUUUUCAGCCAUCUUCGUUUCAAACGUGUAAUUACAUGGUCUUUGGACAAUGUCAACCCGAGCAGACUCCAAGGUGAGGAGGAGGAGCGACUCACGUGGUAGCAGAGACGAGAGAAGAGUGCGAAGCCCAGAAAAGGAGAGAAGGACACAGAAGCGCAGCCGAAGCAGGUCGUCUUCCUCAUCAUCCUCAUCCAGCUCCUCGUCCUCUUCCUCCUCCUCAUCAGGUUCCUCUUCCUCGUGCUCCUCAGUCAGCAGGUCGAGCUCUAGCAGCAGUGAUUCACACAGAAAGUCCAAGUCUAAGAAAGGAAGGAAGGAGAAACGACACAGGAAGUGUGUGUAUAUGUCUGAGUGUAUGUAUAUGUCUGUGUUUGUGGGUGAGUAUAUGUAAAUGUCUGUGUGUGUGUACGUACGUCUGUGCAUAUGUGUGUAUGUACAUCUGUGUGCGUGUGUGUGUCUCUGCAUGUGUCUGCGUGUGUGAGUGUGUGUAUAUGCAUGUAUGUACGUGUGAACUCUUAGCAUAAAGGGAAUAAAGAGAAGAAGCACAAAAAGAAGAAAGAGAAGAAACAGAAGGGUGAGGAUGAGGAUUAUGAAGAAGGAUCGGGACCUGUGCAGAUCUCCAAGUAUCUUAAGGAUAAGAAGAGGAGGGGGAGAAAGGUCAGCAUGAUCUCCGGACGGAAGAUUAAAAUGAAAGUGAAGAAGUCCAGGAAGGACAAACAGAGGGAUAAGAACCGGGCCGAACUCCUGAAUUUCCUCAACUCUGCCCUCUGACCCGAGCAGGAGAGCUUGGUGCUAAAAACAGUCCUUUCUGGAAACUUCUGUCCGUCGUCCGUGUGAAUGAGGUCCUUCUGCCCCUGCAGCCCGCUCCCAACGACAGCCUGGGCUUAGGGAAGAGCCAUUACUUUACAUUUAUUUACCCCUGCGCUGAGCUCCCGCUGCCCGUGCAGCUGCGCUGAGCUCCUGCUGCCAGCUCUGUCCUCUGCUUCUCUACCACCGUUUGCUUGUGUACUUCUGAAUGGGGGGUAAUAUUGUUGACUAAUCUGUGUGUUGCCCAAGACCCUUAUUUGUGUAAAAGACCAUACUGCCCUCCAUAGAAUGCAAUGGCUGGACAACAUACUGUGGGAGAAAAUGUCAAUCACAGCUUUUCCGUGUGAACAGCUACAGCCUCCUCAGGAUCAGCUGAAAUUAGUUCAGGGCUGACUGUUAUUGUGAAAAUAUCAUGGUGACAGAAUGUCAUGGCAACAAAAAAUGUGAUUUUUUUUACCCUUCCCAUUUUAUAGCCAUUUUCGCUGUAGUUAAUUUUAGGUGGGGUUAAUCAAAGCUGGCAUUAGUUGAGUUCACUGCUGCUUUUCAAAUCAAUUUUUAUUGGUCUAAUUGUGAGAUGUUUCCUUGGGGCGGGGGGGGAAGGGAACAAAUGGGCCAAACACCACGCCAGUCUCUCCAGUCAAGGGGGGUAUAUUUCUCAAAGCUAGAUUUCCGAGUUAUCUAGAUAACUGCGCUGAGUAAAACCUGGAACAGCUCUUUUUACUUCAGUCCAUGUUCCAGCUCUGGGAGGGUUCUGGGUUUUUACUCAGUGCAGUUAUCCAGAUAACUCUGUAAUCCUGCUUCCUGAAAGUGGGCCCAGCUCUUCCUCUGUAUCUCAACAGUGACUCAGGAUUCACCCCAAAAAUUUAUGCAUGAAAGAUAAAAUGUAUCGAUUAAAUUUUUUUCAGAAUUUUCUUACAUUUCCUCUGUAAUUAUUCAUUAAUCACAAUUUCAGUUGUCAGUUUAAGAUAAAUAACUUGUCUGUGUGAUGUGAUUGUUUGUUGAAAAGAAGUACAGCAAAGGUUGUGAAACGUGUCUUCUUCCAAAUUUGGGGGGAGGGGCAAAGUGUCCCCCAAAUAAUAAAACAUGUCCUAGACUCUGAA